UCUUAUAUUACAUUCCAAAAGGCCACAGACUCAGUCUUCUCCGCGUCUUUCACGACGAACAUGACCAUAUUGGUGUCGACAAAACGUGUGACCUUCUUUUAAAACACUUUUGGUUCCCGGGUUUUCGCUCCUUUAUUCAAAAGUACGUGUCACAUUGUUUGGUAUGCCUUUCUCAAAAAAAGCUGCCACGUGCUCCCCAUCAGCCUAUACAUUCGUAUGAAAAACCCGAUGUUCCCUUUGAAACCAUUCAUGCCGAUGCACUGGGUCCUUUACCUGAAUCAAAUGGUCAUCGUUACGUCCUCAUUAUUGUGGACAGUUUUUCGAAGUUUUGCCUUUUAUACCCCAUGAUGCGCCAGGAUGCUGGCGAGCUAAAGCGACAUUUCACAAACGCUGUGUCACUUUUUGGCACUCCUAAGCUUAUUGUUGCGGAUCGUGGCCGCAUGUUCCAAAGUGCGGAGUUCACUAAUUGGGUUUCUGAGUUGGGGAGUCAAAUCCAUUUGAUAACCCCUGAAAUGCACCAGUCGAAUGGACAGGUUGAACGAUAUUGUCGGACCCUGCUAAAUAUGAUCAGGGUUGAGAGUAACUAUCGUCAGGAAGAGUGGUCAUCUGUCAUGUGGAAGUUGCAACUGGUUAUUAAUAUGACGAAGCACAAGACUACUCAGAUGUCACCCCUUAAUCUGUUAGUUGGAGUCGACGCCAUGACACCUGUUAUCCGCAACGUCGUGCGGGAUAUUGCCAUUGAAGGAAGUCAUCAAAAUAGGGAAAGUCUACGAGAGAUGGCGAGACAGCGAGUGUCUGAACGUCUACAGCGAAACCGAGAUUUACAGGAUGCUUCGGUUAAUAAAAAUAGGCGCGAGCCUCGUAUGUUCGAAGUGAACUCUAUGGUUUUUGUUAUUAAGAAGGCACAAUCCACAGGAAAGCUGGACUCUGGAAUGCGGGGCCCAUAUCGCGUAGUCAAGGCACUGCCUCAUGGGCGGUACGAGCUGCGGCUGCUUGCAGGCUCCUACGGGAAGACCACCCAAGCUGCGGCCGAGUAUAUGGUUCCUUGGAAGGGCGAGUGGACUCCGGACACAUGUGCUGCCUUUUUCGAGGGUGAGCUACUCCCCUAUAUUGUUAAGUGAGCAGACCUCACUUUGCAAGCAGACCUUGCAUACUUGUCACUUUAUGUAGUGAGCAGACCUCACUUUGCAAGCAGACCUUGCACGAUUGUAACUUGAUGCAGUGAGCAGACCUCACUUUGCAGGCAGACCUUGCAUCUCUGUCCAUUUAUUUAAUGAUCAAAUCUUGUGUUGUGCAAGCAGACCUUACACGAUACAUGUCCCGUUAUCAUUUUGAUUAUUUCGUGAGCAGACCCUCACCAAUUUGUAAGCAGACCUUACACGAUACAUGUCCCGUUAUUAUGAGCAUCCCAUUUUGUUUAUUUUGACAAGUGUGUUGUUUCUGUUACGCAGAUGCAGACAAUGUUGAACCGGAGUCUGUCGCCGCGGGUCCAAUGCCUCCCGGGUCAACGACAUUGGAUGGUGGACUCGUUACACCCAUGCCGACCGAAAAGGAUACUUCCGGUUCCGCUACGACAGGUCAAGAUUCAUCUACCAUGGGAGAUUAAGGAAAAGAGACCGAGGCGGUCUCGUGUCAGGAAAGGCCGUAUUAGAGAGAAGCCUUACCAGGUGGCGCUAAUUUUUUCAAGACCAGCUUUGAGCAAAGUUGUUUCGCGCUAAACCAAUAGGUGGCGCUCAAUUACCUACUGAUUUGCUGCAACUUCAGCCCGCAACAACUUCACGCAAAUAAAUGGCGCCAUAUUGUCAUCCUCUGGUUUGGCCCACUUUUGGCUCGACACUGGUGCGGUGCGGUUGUCCCGAAAUUCGCGAUCAUUUUUGUCCACGCUUUAUUUAGUUUGAAUUUAAUUUUGAUUUGUUCGUUUUCAUCAAUAAAUUGAAAUUACUUUUGUA